GGGGUGGGGACUUUCUCCAUUUGUCCAUAAGCUCUUAACCGGCGGCAAACGCGACACUUUCCACGGCACACCCACGCUGCCCUUAUGAACAUAUACAUUUAUUUAUAAACACCGUCAGAUUCCGUUUGGUCAGUUCACCCACGACUUUUCUGGUAUCUUGGGGGCAUUUUAAAUUCCCAGAAACACAAGGGGCUCGAUUCUUAAGGCUGGAAAACGAAAGUAUGUUGCAGAGCAAGAGAAGGCGUCAGAAAGCAAGACAACAACAUUGUGACAUAUGGAGCUGAACUCUAAUGGUUAAGAAGACUCCGUAAUGAUUGGGAAAGUUUGGACACUGAUCAUUGUAUUAUCACUCAUCAAAUUUAUUCAUCAUAUCCAAGCUGAAUGUAUGCAACAAGAUAUUGAGGAACACCUGAUUAACGAGUUGAUGGAAGACCAUGUGUUUGAGAUUAAGGUAUUCUCAUCUGAGACAAAGGAAUCCAAGCUUCUAACAGUCAUAAAUACUCUUUGUUCAUACAUGACCAAAAAUAACAACAAAGACAAAAAAUUCCGUGUAUUGGAAACAUUUGAAAUCAUGCUAAAGUAUCUAGACAAUAACAUCACCAACUUUUGUGCCACACACACCUGCAUGGAUGCUUCCUCAGUAAGAUAUGUUAAUAAAAGGACAUUCCGUGAUAUGUAUCUACAUUCUUGCAAUAGUUCAGUAUCAGAUCUGAAGUGCCCAUCAGAUAGCACAACACCUUUCACAACUAUCAGCCCUAAUGACACUGCUUUUAAAAGAACAACAUUUUUAACGACAGUCAGUUCAACGUACACAGUUCACAAUGGAAGUAUAACAUCUUCUACGGCGGUCACCCCAAACUUUACACCCCAAACUGAAAAUCAGACAAUUGUAGAUUCAUUGACAACUUCAUCCUCACCUAAAGAAUCAAUCUAUGAGAAAGUAAUAGCUGAAAAUCAGAAUCUCCAGACUACCAUUAAAACAAUUUCUGUGGCCUUUGCUGUCUCUCUACUACUCAAUGUCUUUCUACUCCUGUCACAUUUGUGGAAUCGCAAGAGAAGAGGUUCUCAAGGGACAGCUGAAGUAAAUGAGUUGAGCCGCUUGCAUUCACCAUUGGAAAGCACAUGUCUCUGUGAUGGUCCCCCGUCUCCUUCCUGUUGAUCUUACAAAAAAAAAAAACCUGCAUGGUAUUGUACUUUUUGAACCGGCGGCUGACAAAAUCAUCCAAGUGCAGCUUAUUAAAUCAAUAUGCUCAAGUGUUUGAACACAGCUUCUGUAUAUGUCCACCUAUGAGUGCCCCUCUAUAACUGUUAUAUUCUUUUAUCUGUCAAGCACCUCUAUUCAUGUUUUUUGAUGUUGUUUGCUCUGUGAUGAUCAUGUUAGCUAUAAGAUAUGGAUUAAGAAAGGACCCUUCAGCACUCAGGAGUGACUGCACGCUAAAGACAGGUCUUUAAGAAAGGGACGGAAAACUCUUUACAGCUAAAGUACUCUACAAUUAUUGUUAUAUGUACAUUGUUUUUAAAGCAGUUAAUUUUUGUAUUAAUGUACUUUGUUUUGCUAUUUUUAUAUUUUCUUGUGUUUUUGUACAUAGCCUUUAUGUGUUUUAUUCUGGGUAUCUCAGAUUGCUUAUUAUAUUUUUAUAUUGAUGCAUUUGUGUAAAUGUGUUGUUUAUUUGCAGUUUUGUUUGUAUAAAAUCAAAAAUAUUAUUAUGUGCAUCCUAAACCCUAUUAAAUGGCACAAAAAAGUUCUCAUUAAAAAUCGAAUAGCAUUUCA